AUGCAUUACGGUGCAUCAAAAAGGUGGGAUACUUAAUCCCAGCGCGCCCCAAAGAGUUAUCAAUUAUUUAUGCGUUCGAUACACGUAUUAAGAAAGUACUCUAAAAUCAAACAAAAUAUUAUUUUAUUCAUUUUUCACAGACUGUAAUAAAUACAUACGCAUUGUUAAAAUAUUUACUAUAAAUAAUAAAGAGCAUAGUUCUGCUGCAUUUGUAAGUUCCAUAAACAAUCGCUUCAUUCUUACAGCUGAUUUAUCAGCGUGCGUACAUACAUACGUCUUUUGAUUAUGCCGCAUUCUGACAUGUUACGAAUGACUCGGUUAAGUGUGUUUUACCAGCAGAGAAUUUUCCAUUGGUAAUUGUCUAUAAGGAAAUCUAAGUACAAGACGAAUCUCUGCUGCAAGUGGAACCAUAUUCUUGCGGAUGUCAGUUUAGAUCGUUAUCGGAUUAAUUCCGACCGAUAGGUAUACAUUGUGAAACGCAGAACGUGUCGAAAAGACGCUUGGACGCCAUGAUGGACGGUAUAUGCGAUACUACUGACAUUUUAAGUAACGUUCCCCCUAAAAAGACAAUUCAUGUGGACAAUGUAGACCUUUCUGAUAAGUCAUUACAAGUGGAUAUUUCGGACGCUCUUAGCGAAAAGGAUAAAGUUAAAUUCACUGUACAUACGAAAACUACAUUACCUGAAUUCCAAAAGCCAGAGAAUUUAGUCGUAAGGCAACACGAAGAGUUUGUGUGGUUACACGAUCGAUUCGAAGAGAACGAAGAAUAUGCUGGUUAUAUCAUUCCGCCUUGUCCGCCACGACCAGACUUUGAUGCGUCGCGUGAAAAGUUGCAAAAACUUGGGGAGGGCGAGGGUAACAUGACCCGUGAAGAAUUCACUAAAAUGAAACAGGAAUUGGAAGCUGAAUAUUUAGCUACAUUUAAGAAAACUGUUGCUAUGCACGAAAUGUUUUUAACUAGACUAGCAAAUCAUCCAGUUUUUCAAAAUGAUCAUAAUUUAAGAGUGUUUUUAGAGUAUGAUCAAGAUCUUUGUGUGAGAGGAAAAAAUAAAAUGGAGGUAUUCGGUGGUUUAGUAAAAUCAUUUUCUACUACUACAGACGAAUAUUAUUUGUCAGCGACCGUAAAAGAUGUGAAUGACUUUUUCGAUCAAGAAAUGUCGUUCUUGCAAACGUAUCAUCAUAAUUUAAAAGAGGCAACGCUUCGCGCGGAUCGCCAAACAGCCAAACACAAAGACGUAGCCGAUUCUUACAUAAAAAUUUCUACGAAUCUUUUGCAAUUGGCUACGACUGAUUACGGCAAACUAGAAAGAUUUUUAACAAAAAUUGCAGACACUUUUGAGAAAUUAAGGAAAGUUGAAGGACGAGUAGCCUCCGACGAAGAUCUGAAAUUGUCGGACACUCUUCGUUACUACAUGAGGGAUACGGCUGCAGCCAAACGACUGCUGUUCAGAAGAUUGAAAGCUUUACACGCGUACGAAUCUGCAAAUCGUGCUCUUGAGAAAGCUCGUGCCAAAAACAAAGAUGUUCAUGCUGCAGAACAAGCUCAAACAGAAGCGUGCGAAAAAUUCGAACAAAUGUCAGAGAAAGGAAAAGAAGAAUUGACGGAUUUCAAAACGAGAAGAGUAGCUGCUUUUAGGAAGAAUCUAAUUGAAUUAACAGAACUAGAAAUAAAACAUGCAAAAGCACACGCGGAAUUGCUCAAAAAAUGUUUAUCUGUGUUACGAGAACAGUGAUCCAGUUUGAUAGUUGUCGUGGCAAAGAUUACUAUGUAAUCUGUACGAAGAUAACAAUUUAUUUAAAACUAUAGUAAUGUAACGGUACUGUAAAAUAUAUAUUUUUUGUUAUCUAGAUUUACAUUACUAUGAAAAUGAAAUCGUAAUAUAACUGCAAAAGGACUCCACACGAAAUUAAUCGAACAACGUCUACUAUUUUUAAAUUGUAAAAAUUUAUGUAAAUGUUAUAAUUGUUUACGCUUGAAAAGUAGUUAUCUGUUAUAUAAAAUUUCUUGAUGGAAUAUUUCAUUCAAAAUGGUUACUAGAAUAGGUACAUUUUAUCGAGUUCUUUUGUAGAUGUAAAUUAAUAAUCUGUUAUAAGCUAUAAGAUUCUUUAUAUUACAUAUAUAUAUAUAUUCACGCGUAUGUACAUGGUGUUUUUAAAUGUGUGCUACAUUUAGGAAAUAAGGGAGUCACUACUUAAAAACAAGAUUUCAAGUAUGCAUAUAUUUUUGCAAAACUUAUUUCCAGAAUUUCAAAAUUUUAAAAAACUAAUUGUUAAUGAUAAAAAAGACGAUAAAAUGUCAUGAGUAUAUAAUGUAUAUGAGAAUACUCAUUUGUAAAGCGAGUUUCGAAAAAUUAUAAAAAAAAUUGUCACGUACUAAAAUUGUAUUAAUAUGUUGCAUUUCUAAAUCGAAUAAUUAUUGAAAAUAUGGAUUAUCAUGGGAAUACAGUGAAACAUCAAGAACGAUAUUCUUAUUUGGAGGAUCUUUUAUUUCCAAAAUUUAUCGCAUUUUAUGAAACGUCCUGUAUAUAACAACUCUGUAUGUAUACAUGCACGUAUACGUGUGAGUGAAUCACCUAAAAGUGAACAUUUAAUAACUCCGUUGCUUUAAAUAUUCAAAACAGGAUUACAGGUGUACACAAUCGAUUCGAGGGGCGAAAUGUAUGAUAAUAUAGAAAGUAUUAUUAAAAGCAAAUUUUUUUUUCUUCAAAAUUUCUCAGGUUGAUUAAAGGUUUAACAUAAAUUAGUACAUACGAACUUUUAAGACUUUUAUAGAUAGAUUAGCACGUUGUAUACUGUUAAAUCAAUUUACAAUAUUUUGUUUGUUCAAUAAAUUAUAUAUAAACAUAACGACGAGUAAGAGGAUCUUGGAACAAGUUACAUGCAACGUGUUUGUACAUGAACAAGUCUGGUACAGCUUUACUAGAGGAAUGAUUAAAACUCUGCCAAAGAUAAAAAAUUAAAAGAAAAGUAAAUUGUCUUUGUACAGAGAAAGGUUUGUUAUUGGAUCGUGGUCAUGGACUAUUCCUUUUGUAAUUUACGAUGGCAGACAUUUGCUGUGAAAAUCUUCGAAUUCAUUACUCAUAUUAAUUAAACAAUUUCAUCCUGAUAUACGGGGUGUUCAGCUAGUCCUGGAAAAAAUUUUAA